AUGGACCACACACUGAACCUCACCCAGCACACCACCACUGUUCCACGAACCUUCAGGGAAGUCAUGGCCUCCAACAUGAGAGAACAGUGGCUGGCGGCAAUGCACAGUGAGAUCAACACACUGGUGAUGAACGACAUCUUCAACCUGGCCAUCAGCACACACUGGGUUCUCAAGCUGAAGGCCCUCAAGAUCUUCAAAGCCCGCUUCGUUGCACGUGGCUUCUUGCAGAAGGCUGGGAUUGACUUUGAUGACAUGUACGCUCCCAUACUUCAACUUGAGAACCUUCACCUCCUCCUGGCAUAUGCAGUCAUGAACAGCCACAUCGUCCACUCAAUGGACAUGAACAAUGCAUUUCUUCAGGUGGAUCUCCAUGAGGAGAUCUACAUGACACAGCCUGAAGGAUUUGUCAAUCCUGAUCGGCCACACCACAUCUACCGCCUGAAGAAGGCGCUCUACGGCCUCAAGCAGGCCCCUCUGGCAUGGAACCACACUCUCAACGCCUUCCUCAUCCAGAUCAGCUUCGCAGCAGCAUCCACAGACCCAUGCCUCUACGCCACUGGACCCUAUGACCCAGAGCUUCACUGCACCUUCAUCCACUCCAGCUCUGGUGGCAGACCACUCAUCAUCCUAUCCAUCUACAUUGACAAUCUCCUGAUCAUCAGUUCACCCAUCAACAUCAAUGCUGUCAAGAAGCAACUCUGCCAGCAGUUCCACAUCAAAGACUUCAGGUCUGUGUCAACCAUUCUCAGGAUCAACAUCAUCUACAACAUGUCUGUGGGCACUCUUGAUAUCUCACAACAACAAAAGAUUCUCCACCUUGCCACCAAAUUCAAACUGCUCAGGGCCAAGCCACUCUCCUGCCCACUUCCCACAGGCACCAAUCUGCAACUCGUUGCAGUGACCGAUGCCAUGCACCAGGCACUCUACCUUCAAUGCAUCCUACCUACGCUUGGCCUUCAGAUUGAGUGGCCCAUCUGGAUUCUCAACAACAAUCAAUCCACCAUCACAAUCAUGCACAAGCCCAUCUUCGCCUGGCCCAAGAGACUGAAACACAUCACCAUCAAACACGCUUUUGUACAUGACCACAUCCAGCGAAAGGACAUAUCUGUGGACUACAUCCCUAUGAAUGACAAUCUUGCUGACUUCCUCACCAAGCACAUCACCAGACCCAAGCUCAAAUGCAACAAGAUCAAGCUUGAUCUCUCUCUUCUUGUCUUCUUCACCUCCAACAGGUGGCAAGGGCGCGUUCCUUAUCCCAUGGGCUCACUUGUGACAAUGUGA